UUUAAUGAUGGACAUUAUUCGCUAAGCGUUUAAAGAAACUCUUUAAAGCUACCUUUUUGCUGUAAUACGCAAAACCAAGCAAAAACCUUCUCCACACGUUGACAGUCACUUAUCAAAACACGUAGCGCAACGAUGAGCUACUUACGUACCAUUAGAACGAUUGGCCACACGAGCGCCUUUGCGCGCCAUCCACACCGAACGGUGGUGGGACGCAGCACCAUCACACCCGGCCACUUACAGAUCGUCAGCCAGCGACACUUUUCCUACGAGGCCACCGUCGCCGGCUUCUGGCAGACUCUCUCCCAGAGUACCCCGGUUGCGUACGUCCAGCAGGGAAUGAUCAAUUUGCACGACCUCACCGGACUGCCCUGGUGGGCGACGGUCAUCCUCACGACCGUGGGUCUCCGUACGCUUGUCACCCUACCGCUGGCCGUGUACCAGAACAAAAUACUGGCCCGGCUCGAGCAAAUCUCGCUCGAAAUGCCGGAACUGAUCAAAGAGCUAAAGGCCGAAACGGCGUACGCGAUGAAAAAGUUCAACUGGACGGAAAAGGAAGCCCGCAUCAUGUACAAUCACUCGCUAAAGAAGCAGUGGAACAAUCUAAUAGUGAGGGAAAACUGUCAUCCGGCUAAAACGAUGGUGCUGCUGUGGGGUCAGAUUCCGCUGUGGAUUGUGCAGUCGGUCGCGAUACGCAAUCUCGUCUCGAUGCUGCCCGAUCCGACCGCCAUCGAGGCACAGAUCGCGUACACCGAGCUUACGCUGGGCGGCUUUGGAUGGAUACCGAACCUUACCGAGCUGGACCAUUCGCUGAUUUUCCCCGUUGCGCUGGGCGUCAUCAAUUUGAGCAUUAUUGAGAUUCAAGCCGCAUCCCGGACGAAGCUGCCCUCCAAGCUACAAACCAUCUUCACUAACCUCUUCCGAGGGUUAAGCAUCCUAAUGGUACCGAUCGCUGCAUCCGUUCCAUCGUGUCUUUGCCUCUACUGGGUUACCUCGAGUGCGUACGGAUUAGGGCAAAACUUGCUGCUCUUAUCGCCCCGGGUGCGUCGCACCGUGGGCAUUCCCGCCGUCCCAUCCGAGCUGACUCAUCCUUAUCAGCACAUACGCAGCACGUUUGCGGCAAAGCUGGGCGCACUAUCUGGCCGCCUCGGUCCCAACAAUCAGCAUCCACCGAGCACGAAAGCGUAAGCGAACCGUUCGUUCGGACAAUAAAGUUAGGCAGUAGUGCAGGGUAGCAAUUUGUUUAAAAUGUUGUAUACAUAAGAAUUUAAACUAGCCUCACUAUUACUAAACAACAAGUAAAGGAGCAAUAAUAUCACUAAAAGCUAGGUAAGAGAAUUUGGUCGGUGAAAAUGCAAUCGAGCUAAAACAAAAAGCGGCGUUUAAGGUACAUAUCGUCGUCAUCGGACGCGGGUCCGGGUGUUGGAAUGAGGGGGUCACUUUGUUCCUGUUGCUGUCAUUACUGUUACAACUAUUUCUGCGUUAGCGUAGCGUUAUUUCUGUAAAAAUUGAUCGUUUUGUUUGAGAAAAAAGGAAGAUAAGUUUGAAGAAACAGAGCCUUACCUUGUAACUACAAAAUAACGCUCAAAC